AUGAGGCGUCUCGGGCCGGUGUCGAUAGGCGUCUCUCCGUGGCCGGGCCAGUGUUGUUUGGCGUCUCUCCGUGGCCGGGCCGGUGUCAUGAGGCGUCUCGGGCCGGUGUCGAUAGACGUCUCUCCGUGGCCGAGCUGGUGUCAUGAGGCGUCUCUCCGUGGCCGGGCAGGUGUUGUUUGGCGUCUCUCCGUGGCCGGGCCGGUGUUGUUAGGCGUCUCUCCCUGGCCGGGCCGGUGUCGUGAGGCGUCUCUCCGUGGCCGAGCUGGUGUCAUGAGGCGUCUCUCCGUGGCCGGGCAGGUGUUGUUUGGCGUCUCUCCAAACACCACCUACACCACCAACACCAGCACCACCUACACCACCAACACCACCACCAUCUACACCACCAACACCAUCAGCAACACCACCAUCACUUACACCACCACCACCUACACCACCACCAUCAGAAACACCACCUACACCACCACCACCUACACCACCAACACCACCACCAUCUACACCACCAACACCACCACCACCCACACCACCAACACCACCACCGCCUACACCACCACCAUCAGAAACACCACCUACAACACCACCACCUACACCACCAACACCACCACCACCUACACCACCACCAUCAGAAACACCACCAACACCACCAACACCUACACCACCAACACCACCACCAUCUACACCAUCAGCAACACCACCACCACCUACACCACCACCAUCAGCAUCACCACCUACACCACCAACACCACCACCAUCUACACCACCAACACCAUCAGCAACACCACCACCACUUACACCACCAACACCACCACCACCUACACCACCACCACCACUACCACCACCACCAUCACUACCACCUACACGACCACCACCACCUACAUGACCACCACCUGCCCGCCACCGGCAUCAACACCACCACCUACACCACCAACACCAUCACCACCUACACCAUCAACACCAUCACCACCUACAACACAACCAACACCACCACCACCUACACCACCAACACCAUCACCACCACCAUCAGCAACACCACCUUCACCACCAACACCAUCACCACCACCACCUACACCAACACCACCACCUACAUGA